CGAGCCCUCCGCGCUGCCCGGCUCUGAUUUAUGGUCUCAUUUCGCACGGAACGCGCUCCACUCCUCUCUAUUUGUCAUUUAAACGCUGCUCCGCUUGAAGGAGGUGCCGUAGGGGAUGGGUUUGGGGUCGCGUCCAGCCUCUUAACCGCUUUAAAAUGGUUAAUCUCAAUGUUUUUAACCUGUAAGGUCACUUUUCUCUGCAAUUAGAGCGGUGCAAAGUCAGUCCCUAAGGCACGAGGUGGUGUGUGAUGCCUGAGGUCUCUGGCUGUAAAGCAUCCUGACAUCUUAUCUCUGUUAUUAUUAUUUUUAUUGCAUUAAGCUGCCUACCUUCUUAAAGCCACGCGAUUCUUGAAUUUUAAGUUACUUUCCCUUGCUUUAUCUGUCUCUUUGCCAAAAGCAAAUAUAAAUUAUAUAGUUCCUGACUUCUCAUGGAAGAACUUUCCAGCCGUCUGUCCCAUGCUUCCAAUGCUGAUGUUUUUUAAACCAAGAGGGAUGUGUGUUUCAGCCGUGACACACUGUCGGGCAGAAAACAGGCAAUGUUUAUUUUGCUCCCGCCUCGUAACUGUGUAAAGGCUUGGUGAAAGGGUAAAUGUGAUGGCUUUAUGUAGCUUUUUCUUUUUAAUUAUUAUUUUACUGCUUUCCCCCACUGCCUUGCUGCCUCUGGGAAGGAGCGGUCGCGCCGAGCCUGUGGCUGUAAAGCUGUCAGCUCUGAAGGGCUGUUUACUCAGCGAGCUGUAUCUUUCACACAUGCACCAGAAAUACAAUUUACCAACCCAAACACAGCCCCGGUCACCGGGGUGACGGGCAGCGUGGACGCUUUGCUUCUCUGGGGUUUUAUCCUUCGUGGCCCGGCGUUUUCCUUGAACAAAGCAGGGGUAGGAAGUGAGAUGGGAACUGCUGCGGUGUGGAGGGAUUAGUAACUCACCCGAGGAUGAGCGGGAUGUGGCUUUGUCGCCUGGAUUAAUGUGAUUUACACCCUUAAGCUGCUCCAAGAGCUCGUAAACAGCCGUGCCCGUGUGUGCAAGCUGUUUCCGUGCCUUGUCUUAGUCUGGAGCUUUGGGCUUUCAAUUUGGAUAAUCUGGCGCUAUGCAUCCAGCCCCUGGGCGCUUCCAGGCACUGCUCCUCAUUGCUGCCACCAGCCUGGUCACUGUCACCAGCACAGAUCUAACUCCCCGUUUUAUUUCUGAGCCCUCAUCUACCGUCCAGAAGUCUGGUGAGCCCGUCCAGCUCCGCUGCUCUGCCGAGCCCUCGUCAGCUCACAUUUCCUGGCUGUUCAAUGGGGAGCCUCUGAAGAGCAGGGUGGGAGAGGUGGAGAUGCAGGCAGGAUCUUUGACAAUCGUGUCCCUGAGCCCAGAAACGUGCGGGCGCUACCAGUGCGUGGCGAGCAGCGGCGUGGGCGCCGUGCUGAGCCGGCCGGCCGCCGUGUCCAUGGCCAGUUUAGGUGACUUUGAUGCUUUGGGGACAGCUGUUGUUGAAGCAGAGGAGGGAGGCACAGCUCUCAUCAGGUGCAAGGUGCCAGAAAGUCACCCCAAAGCACAGGUUCGCUUCCAAGUGCGGGGGAAGUGGCUGGAACAAUCAACAGACAACUACCUAAUUCUUCCAUCUGGAAACCUGCAAAUUUUGAAUGUAUCUUCAGAAGACAAAGGAUCCUACAGGUGUGCAGCAUACAACCCAGUUACUCAUGACCUCAGAGUAGAACUCACUUCACGGAAGCUCAGAGUCACACGCCCUUCUUCAGGUGGCUCCCACAUCCUUCACCCGCUGGCUGCCCAGAGCCUGGCAGUGCCCCAGCACAGCGCCCUGACCCUGGAGUGUGUGGUCAGCGGGGCAGCUCCAGCCCCCAUCCGCUGGCUGAAGGACGGCCGGGACGCGCUGAGGACGGGCAGGUGGAGGCUGCUGCACUCCCACCUGGUCACCGACAGGCUGGAGCCAUCCGAUGCUGGGAAUUACUCCUGCCUGGUGGGAGGCGACUCCGGAGCAGUGAAAUAUGUUAACUAUUCGCUUACUGUGCUUGAGCCUGCCUCACUCUCCAGAGGGCUGCAGGACCAGACGGUGGCUGCGGGGGCGAGCGUCCAUUUGUGGUGCGAGGCCGGGGGCAGCCCCGCUCCCGCCCUCACCUGGCUCCACAACGCGGCUCCUCUCCGGCCCUCCCCACGGCAUCUCCUCACAGGAAACCACCUGAGCAUCUGCGGGGUCACCCUGGGCGAUGCUGGCUUGUACCAGUGUGUGGGAAACAAUGGGAUUGGGUUUGUGCAGUCCACGGGGAGACUCCGUGUCCAGCCAGGCAAAGACUCCGUCCCCAUCAUCAUCUCCUCCCCAGCCAACACCACCGUGGUGGCCGGUGGUGAUGUGACCCUGUCCUGCAACGCCACGGGCCUGCCCGCUCCUGUGAUCCGCUGGUACGACAGCAGAGGCCUCGAGAUCAGCCAGGGGCUCCCCCCUGGAGCACAGAGCCCUCCCCCAGCAGGGCCAGAGCCCCGGUGCCCCUCGGCGCCCCGGGCGGGCUGGGGCUCCCUGCGCCUGCGGAACGUCAGCGCCGAGCGCGCCGGGCGGCUCCGCUGCGAGGCCAGCAACGAGCACGGCUCUGCCCUGGCCACUGCCUUCCUCACUGUCGUUCCUUCAGCAGCUGGCACGAGAGCAGGAGAAACAGCUCCUCUGGAGCUUGCCCAGAGCGACGAGAGCGGCGGCGAUUUUGGUGCAGAAAUGGCAUUUUCAAGCUCGCCUCCGACGAAAUCUCCUGUGGACGCGGCCGCGAUGGAGAAGGCGUCGAGCGCCGCGGCGCCGCCCGAGGCUCCCAUCAUCCUGAGCCCCCCACAGACGCCCAAGCCCGACUCCUACAGCCUGGUGUGGCGGCCAGGCCGCGCUGGGGGCCUGCCCAUCAACGCCUACUUUGUCAAAUACCGCAAGCUGGAGGACGGUGUGAGCGCGGCGGGCGGCUGGCACACGGUGCGGGUGCCCGGCAGCGAGCACGAGCUGCGCCUCACCGAGCUGGAGCCCUCCAGCCUGUACGAGGUGCUGAUGGUGGCCAGGAGCGCCGCGGGCGAGGGCCAGCCGGCCAUGCUGACGUUCCGCACCAGCAAGGAAAGAACAUCAUCCUCGAAGAACACACAGGCUCCAUCUCCACCUGCAGGAAUCCCCAAGCAUCCCAUUGUUCAUGAAGGCACAAAUAAUAACUUUGGUGUCAUCCUUCCAGACCUGUCUCGCCACAGUGGAGUUCCAGAAGCUCCUGACCGACCCACGAUAUCCACGGCCUCGGAAUCGUCCGUCUACGUCACGUGGAUCCCCCGUGCCAACGGGGGCUCCCCCAUCACUGCCUUCAAGGUGGAGUACAAACGUCUGGGGCGCAACAGCGACUGGCUCGUCGCAGCUGGCAACAUCUCUCCCUCCAAGCUGUCUGUGGAAGUUAGGAACUUGGAGCCAGGAGAAAUGUACCGGUUCCGCGUGAUCGCGGUGAACACGUACGGGGAGAGCCCGCGCAGCGCGGCGUCGCGCCCGUACCAGGUGGCCGGCUUCAGCGGGCGCUUCUCCAGCCGGCCCAUCGCCGGCCCGCACAUCGCCUACACCGAGGCCAUCAGCGACACCCAGAUCAUGCUCAAGUGGACGUACAUCACAUCGAGCAACAACAACACGCCCAUCCAGGGAUUUUACAUCUAUUACCGGCCCACGGACAGUGACAACGACAGCGACUACAAGCGCGACAUCGUGGACGGUACAAAGCAGUGGCACCUGAUCAAUCACCUGCAGCCUGAAACUUCUUAUGACAUUAAGAUGCAGUGCUACAACGAGGGAGGGGAGAGCGAGUACAGCAACGUGAUGAUCUGCGAGACCAAAGUGAAACGCACACCAGGAGCGUCUGAGUACCCAGUGAGAGACCUGAGCACGCCCCCCAGCCCCCCUGAGCGGGCUGGGGGCAGCGGGGCCGUGGCUGCCGGCGGCCCCGUGCGCAGUGGGGACAUGCUGUACCUGAUCGUGGGCUGCGUCCUGGGCGUCAUGGUGCUCAUCCUCAUCGUCUUCAUCGCCAUGUGCCUCUGGAAGAACCGGCAGCAGAACGCCAUGCAGAAAUACGACCCUCCAGGCUACCUGUACCAAGGGGCAGAUAUCAGUGGGCAGAUGAUUGAGUACACGACCUUGCCCGGGACCAGCCGGGUCAACGGCAGCAUCCACGGGAGCUUCCUCAGCAACGGCCUCAGCAACGGCUGCCCCCACCUCCACCACAAAGUUACCAACGGGGUCAACGGCAUCAUGGCUGCAGGAGGAGCAGGACUGUACCCAGGGCACACCAACUCCCUGUCCAGGACACACGUGGACUAUGAGCAUCCCCAUCACCUCGUGAACGGUGGAGGGAUGUACACGGCAGUGCCACAGGCUGACCCCUCGGAGUGCAUCAGCUGCCGGAAUUGUCGGAACAAUAACAGGUGUUUCACCAAAACCAACGGCACUUUCAGCAGCAGCGCGCUGCCCGUGGUGCCCCUGGGAGCCCCUUUCCAGCAGGAGGGCGUGGAGAUGAAGCCCCUGAGCCCCCAUGUGAUGGUGGCCAUGUGCCUGGCCCCGGCCGGCCCCGAGUGCAGCGCCGGGCUGGAGGAGGAGGAGGGCGGCGAGAGCGCGGAGCAGCCCCCGGCACAGCGUCCCUGCUGUCGGGAGGGCAUCGGCCAGCAGCUCUCCGUGGAUUGCAUGGACGGCAGCAGCUUCCUGCACUCGGAAACGUCGAACCACAUUUUGAGUUGGAGUCCCCUCAUUCUUCAGCCUCUUUCCAAGGACUGUAAGGAAAAACCAGGAUGGAGUUCAUCCAGAGUCACCCUGAAUGGUUCUGGGGACCUUUGUCAGCUCCAGCUGCAGGAAACCUGAGGCAGUGACCGUGUCCCCACUCAAGGCCAGGAACUGCACCGCUGAAAGGGAGUCACGGGGGGAUGUUAAUUAUAACAGAGAGAGUCACUAUUUAUUUUUUGUAGUAGUGUCAUAUGAAUGUAUCUUGGUUUCAAAAUGGUUGCCUUUUUAUAUUAUUUAUGCCUUGAAAUGCCUUUUUUUGUUGGUUUUUUUUUUUUUUCUUCCCCCACACACACCACAAAACUAGCCUGGUUAUGUGUAUAAAAAAGAAUUGUAAUAAUAUAAAGAAUGAGGAUGGGAAAUGUGGAGUGUGUUUCCAUGGCAGUUUACCAGUGGGACAAGCACUUCUGAGGAGCCCAAGAGAGGGAUUUAAGCAGGUCUGAAAUGACCAACAGCUGCCACCUCCCUGGCAGCUCAGUGACAUGGCACUGGAACCCUCCUUUCCAUGAAUACCUCCUGGCCUCUCUUGCUUUCUCUGGGAAGAUCCUGAUGAAGAAAUAAGAAGAUCAGUAAGAAAAAUGAGCCUUGGUUGAGUCUGUCCUGUGCAGCUUGAAGCAGAACUUGAGUCAGUGACUGUGUCUUUAAGUGCUCAAUAACCCUUCUGCAGAAGUACAGGUGGAAAUCCAGCCUGUCUCACUUUCCCACUCACAGAAGACAAAAUCCAGUUCAACUCUUGGUUUGAGGGAUUACUGACAGCUUGGAUAGCUCUGAAAUGAAACCAGUCCUGGUGAAACAGCUCCCAGCAGCCCUGGGCACUGUGAGGAACCUGCCCAUCCUGGACACAGCACGAUGGAGGUGCUGCAACCUUAACUGCAGGGCUUGGGUGGAUGUUUUAAUUUUUCCUUUCCAGAUUUAAUCCCAGAAAAUAAACCAGACCAGUGCUUGCAAAGCACUCCCCUCACACGAGUCACAGUGCAAAGCCCCAGAAAUGAAGCACAAUUUACAGAGAUGGCCACCCCAGGGUGACACCUGCAGCCCAGAGCAGCGUGUCCCUGGCCAGUGUGGAAGGGAGGGAGCUGUGCCAGCCUGGCUGCAGCUCUCCAAAGCCCUGGGGAGCUCAGGGCUGCUGGUGCAGCUCCAGCAGCCACAGGGUUUGGGGAGUGGUGUUUGUGUGAGGAGGAAAGCCUUGAGAUCUGCUUUGGUACCAGCAGCUCCAUGGGCUGCUGGGAUUUUUUUAUGUUUCAUAGAAUCCCAGCAGAGUUUGAUUUGGAAGAGACCUUAAAGAUCAUCCCAUCCCACCCCUGCCAUGGGCAAGGACACCUUCCACCAUCCCAGCUGCUCCAAGCCCCAUUCAACCUGGCCUUGGGCACUUGGGACAGCCACAGCUGCUCUGGGUACCCUGUGCCAGGGCUUCACCACCCUCCCAGGGAAGAAUUUAUUCCCAAUAUCCCAUCUAAACCUGCCCUCUGGCUGUGGGAAACCAUUCUCCCUUAUCCUGUAUAUCUGCUUGUAUAAGAAAUCAAUCUCCCUCCUACUUCAGGUAAUUGAAGGCCACACUGAGCUCUCCCCAAAGCCUCUCUGUUGCAUUAUUUGUGGUUAUAUUUAUUCUUUUGCCCUUUUAUUGGGUUGUGCUUCCUCCCAGCUAGAGCUGCCUUAUCCCAAAUGUCUUUGCACACCAUGGGCUUUGGCUGCCACAUACCCCAGAGCCAUCACAAAUCUCCCUCCUCCCUUUUUGUUUAUCUCAUCCCCCCAGCCUGGAUUUUCCUUUUGCAGGAUCUGCUGCAAAGCCUUUCCCCUUUUCCCACAGAGAUUGGCCCACAAGUUGUUGGGAUUUAACUGUGGCUGCUUCGUUUUCCCCAAACACUGAAAUUGAACCAUGGUUUUAAACAACUUUGCUUGAAUCUCCCCUGUAUUGUGGGUGUGUCAGAUAAAGAUGCUGUGUUUUCCAGAGAAGCUGUAAUAUCCCUCUAGAAUGUUCUGUGUUUGGAAGUGAUGGUUUUGCAGGGGGUUUGGGUGGGGUUUGUAUUUCUGGGGCUGGUUUGAUAAAGGGAUUAAUGCUGCUUUAUGGCUGAUGUGGGGAUUGAUACUCUGUGGGCAGUGAUCAAGGUUGGUUUGUGUGGCUUGAUACUUCCCAAUGGGUUAUUAUUAACCAAAUACAGCAGAAAAUGGCCCAA